AUGCGGAAAAAGUUACCGCCGGGUCCUAUUGGGCUACCAUUUGUCGGUUAUUUGCCCUUUCUUAAGGGCGAGCCCUCCAAAGUGUUUGUACAAUUGGCUAAGAAAUAUGGACCAGUUUUUGGCAUUCAAUUGGGUUCGUGUCCAGUAGUCGUAUUAAAUGACUGGCCGUCAAUAAAAGAGGCCUUCUCUGAUGAAUCGGCAUUAGCCCGACCUAAGGAUAGUUUAUUUACUGCGUUACUUCCACCGGGCUUCGGAACAAUGAGUGGUGACGUGUGGAAAGAGCAGCGAAGGUUUGCUUUGCAUCAGUUGAGAAAUCUCGGGUUCGGGAAGACAUCGAUGGCGGACCACAUCAUCGAUGAAAUCAAUCACUUGUCCAAAGAGAUCGACAAAAGCGUUGGCCAGGCGUUUGAUUUGCGCACACUUUUGCCGAUUAGUGUUUCAAACAAUAUAAAUUCGCUGACAUUUGGCCGGCGUUUCGAUUAUACGGACCCCAGAAAGCAAAUGAUGGACGAGUUCUUUAAACCCGACCCGAAUGUUAAUUUGGCCGGCAUUUUGUCGUUUUUCCCGAAAUUGGGUGGUUUUGUGUUCAGAAAUAUGACAUUUCUAUUGCCAUCGGCUCUACAAAGGGUUAGAGUAAGACUCGAAGAGAUCCGCCAAAUGAUGAAAACUGAACACGACAAUCACGCGCAAACACUUGAUAAAAAUAAUAACCGUGAUUAUUUUGAUGCCUUUAUUAAUGAAAUGCAAAAGUCAUCAAAUGGAAAACAGACUACUUUUAAUUGUACAGUGUUAACUACCCUGGAGUGGUCACUAGUGAUUUUGGCCGCUUAUCCAACUAUACAACAACACAUCCAGAAAGAGAUCGAUGAAGUGAUUGGCAAAGAAAGGAGUCCUAACGUUGGCGACAAAAACCAAAUGCCAUAUUUGCAGGCAUUCAUUGCGUCCAAAGAUAUGGUAAUUUCAGGAUUCAAAAUACCAAAAGACACUCAAAUAAUGGCCAACUUUUGGGCCAUAGAUAACGACCCAAACCUAUGGGAAAAUCCAUCGCAAUUCAGACCCGAAAGACUUCUCAGCGACGAUCUCAAGACAUUUAAAAAACCGGAGCAUUUGAUCCCAUUUUCAUACGGGAAGAGGUCGUGUCCGGGAGAGAUCUUAGGAGUGGUCGAAACGUUUCUAUAUUUGAGUUCUUUGCUUCAGAAAUACGAUAUUAAAGCCAACCAUAAAACUGAUAAAAGUCUUGAAUACGAGUUUCAGUUCUCAAUCACUCCUAAACAAAGUCCCAACAUUUCAUUCGCUAAACGAGUGCACAAUUAG